GUGUUUUUGUGUUUCAGUUCCAACCUGUCCAAAGCAGCGUGGGGCGCUCUGGAGAAGAACAACACUCAGGUGAUGGUUCGGUCGUACGAGCUGGGCGUCCUCUACGUGCCCUCCGCCUUCGACGUGAAGACGUUUCCUGUUCACAAAAACCCGUUUCCUGUCUCGUCCUGCUCUGGAUUUCCCGUGCCCUUUGACCUGCCCCCCUCGGGUUACUCCCCUAAAGAUCAGCCUUGGAUCUGGAACAUCCCGUACAGCCAGGCUCCAGACACACACGGCAACGUCUGGGUGCCCUCCUGAACACACACACACAGACACACACACACACACACACACACACACAGACACACACACAGACACACACACACACACACAGACACACACACACACACACACACACAGACACACACACACACACACACACACACACACACACACACACAGACACACACACA